AUGCCAACGGGACACGAUAAACAUUUUAAGGCAAGGCUUCGGGCUUCCAACCAAGACAACACCAUAAGACUAACCUUGAAAGACACGAAGCUUGACGAAGGAAGAUUAGAAGAGGAUUGGAGCACGGAGCCCGGAGGACUCGUCGUCACUUGGAGUGGAGAGUGA